AUGUCCGGCAGCACAGCACUGGGUCAGAAGCUGUUUCUAACUGCUGGCAACGUUUCUGUCAAGGGACCAGCCUUCCAAAGAAUGGACCAGGACGCAACUUGCAAAAACUGGGAGGACACAAGGGAUGCCCUAGAAAAGUACUACCUUUCCAUUUUUUAUGGAAUUGAGUUCAUUGUGGGAAUCCUUGGGAAUCUCGUUGUGGUUUUUGGCUACCUCUUCUGUCUGAAGAAUUGGAACAGCAGUAACGUCUAUCUCUUUAACCUCUCCAUCUCUGACCUCGCUUUUUUGUGCACCCUCCCCAUGCUGAUGAGAAGUUACGCCAAUAGAAAGUGGAUGUAUGGAUUCGUGCUCUGCAUAAGCAACCGAUACGUGCUUCACGCCAACCUCUACACCAGCAUUCUUUUCCUCACUUUCAUCAGCAUAGAUCGAUACUUGCUCAUGAAGCACCCUUUCCGGGAUCACCGUCUGCAAAAGAAAGAGUGUGCUAUUUUAAUCUCGUUGGCCAUUUGGGUUUUAGUAAUCUUGGAGCUACUGCCCAUACUUCCUCUUAUACGUCCUACUACAAAUAGUAAUGAAACCACCUGUAAUGAUUACGCAAGCUCUGGGGAAGCCAAAUACAGCCUCAUCUACAGCAUGUAUCUAACUUUGUUCGCAUUCCUCAUUCCCCUUUUUGUGAUGUGCUUCUUUUAUUACAAGAUUGCUGUCUUUCUAAAGCAGAGAAGCAGGCAGCUCACUACUGCUCUGCCCCUUGAAAAGCCUCUCACCUUAGUCAUCAUGGCCGUGGUGAUCUUCUCUGUGCUUUUUACGCCCUAUCACAUCAUGCGCAACGUGAGGAUCGUUUCACGCCUGGUAAACUGGAAGCAAUACCAGUGCACCGAGUUCGUCAUCAACAUCUUGUAUGUUGUGACUCGGCCUUUGGCCUUUCUGAACAGCGUCAUCAACCCUGUUUUCUACUUCCUUAUGGGAGAUCACUUCAGGGAGAUGUUGAUGAGUAAACUGAGGCACCACUUGGAAUCCCUUAUGUCCUUUAGAAGAUGA